GAUGUUAUAAAGUCGGCGAGGGCGUCAGGCGUGUUCAGUGUACCACUCUUUCACCACCCACACGCUGCCUCACACUACCUCUCAGUCCGACACCUGCUGCUGCAAUCAUACCAUGGUGACUUCAACUUCUGCCGCCUUUAUGUUUUCCUGCUGCCUGCUGGUGCUCAUGUCACUGACCGUCUCUCCCACUGUGGCUCAAGGGUAUAGCUCGUAUUCGGAGUUGUCAUACAGGGUGCCACGGUACCGGAGCCGAGGGUGGGCAAUACAACCUCGUAGUUUCUGGUCCCGGGCGCGGUCCAUCACGCCUCGCCUGUUCACCGUGGCAUCAGAAGCCGCCUCUGUCCUGGCUGUGCCUGCGUUAGCAGUCUUGGCCUUAUCUGCCAUUUGGCCAACUCGUAGGCACUAUAGGAUUAAGCGCGAGGCUGACGGUUCGGAAGCACCAGUAGCGGCGCUGACCGAGCACCUGAUGAACGUGUACUACGCGGCCAUUGAGUCUGACCAGUGUAUGCAGCGUCUGGCGUGUGAACUGGGCGCCGCCUCCAUCUCUCUCAACCCUCACCAUCACAACCUCAUGCUUCAAGUCCUCGGCUCAACUACCUCCAACAAGUACAGCGGUUUGUUCGACAAGUUCAAGGCCGGAGUGAACGCCGAGAAGUGUAAGAAGUAUGGCUGUUCCCUCAUGGAUAACCACUGAAGAUUGCUGGUUCGUCAACACCAAACACUGGCAUCUUGAUACAGACCAGGAAUUAUAGUUUGAUCAAGAAAUCUGGAAACAUGACCUCAAUUAGGACGCCAGGUUACACAGGAUGCACCAAUAAGAGGGACGCCUGGUCUAAAUGUGGGUUCUAAACACUUUUCCGUGUGUAUAGAAUCUGGAAGUUUAUCCUUCAUCAGUUUUGUCCGAUAUGAAAAUUUUAUAAUCUUGGGUCUAAGCUAAAAUUUUAAAUCAUUAACCUGUAUGAACAAUCAGUAUUCUUAACUCAUGUUAUAAGAGAGAAUUGCAAUAUGUGGUUUUGUGCAUCAACAGAUUGUUAAUACUUACUAUAGAGGUUAUUUACCUAAAGCGCUAAAAGUUAUGCGGAUACUACUAAUCAGUUUCUAAUAAUUGAACACUUAGUCUGCACGGUAAUUAUAUUAAUGGGUCUUUAUGUCACCUGUUGUUGCACUAAUUAUUGUAAUUCCGCAAAAACAAAAAUCAUGCCAAAUAUUAUUUAGAAUAGAAUGAUCCAUCAUAGCUGGUUAAGUCUUCCCAUCCUGCGUCGUGAUUGGUAGAGAAAUAUUAAGAUGUAAACAAAGCGAUAAACAUUGCACUUUUAUCUAUAAGAUUAAUUUAUUCACCAAAAUUAUCCACCAAUAAUAAGUCGGUGUUCAUAAUGCAGGAAGUUUCAGCGCCAAUCACUAGCAUAAUUUCUGACCAGUUUAAGACUUUUCGGAGAUUACCAAAAAUCCCGAUUCGAUAUAUUAGUAUUUAUACAUAUUCCUUAUUGUUAUUUAUUGUUGAAUAAUUUAUAUGUAAAAGUCAUUUAUAUGGACUUGUAAUCUCAGUUCAAAUUUUUAGCAUAUAACUCUACAGUAUAUGUGUACGCUGUCCUCUGUGCUCCUUCUUUACCUUUGACCAAUCAGCAGAGCUUUACUAAGUUUAUCAUACCAAGUCGAUUUCUCUCAGGAGUGCUGAUUGGUUGGUUCUUGACGAGUGAUGUCAAUGCAUGGUGGAUCGUCGUCCUGGGUACGAGA